CCAUAGCGAAAAAGCAAUUUGUGUUAAAUUAAAAUCAAUAAAAAGACAACUUGCAUUCGUGACGUUCAUUUCGCGGUGCAUGCAGUGGCCCCAUGACGUAUGAGUAAUGUAGAUGUCCAAGCAGCCCUCGUUCGUGUCGCGCAACCUUGUGGCCAUCGUGAUGAUCCCCAGUCUGGUGGGGAUCCAUCUGGGCUGGAGCUACAUGCAGAGCAACAGGAAACUGGUCACGGAGGCGGAACAGAUCGACAUGCCGCCGGUUACGUUUGCCAGGUUCGUGUGGAACAAGCUGACGGGCGGCGGAAAUUCGGCAGAGUGACUACCCUUUUUGUGAUGAGCUUAAGACAUACAAUCUAUUUAUUGUAUAGAAUAAUUAAAACUACAUACAAACGGUAUGGUACAAUCAGCUA